AUGACUGACGUGACGGCUAGCACAACGACAUUUGUUUCGACGACAACUAUGACGACAACAUCAACAUCAACAACAAUAACAACAACAACAACAACAGCAGCAGCUAUUUCAACGUCAAAAAAUGAUACAAUUUUCGAUGUACUCAGUCGACUACUCAAUGUAUCCAAGUUGUAUGAACAUCAAGAUGCUGACUUACUCGAACCGGAGAAAUAUUCUCUGACCGGUAUUCACAUUGUCAUUUGGACAUUCUGCAUUCUAACUUAUGUUCUGGCGAUUCCUAUUGCUAUUCGAUUUAUUCGCUCACGUGCCUAUUUGAAUCCAAUCGAUUAUUUUUCAUUACACAUUGUUCUCUGUGCCUUUUUUGCUUGGAUUCCAUCUUUGAUUCUUAUUCUCUAUUACUGGUUUGGUAUAUUUACUGUCAAACUGUGUCGUCUGCAUUAUGUUAUUUUAUCAACAAAUGAAACAGUUCCAUUCUUUUUCGUGCUCUACAUGAUUAUCGAUCGUUUUCUGUACGCAUAUCCAUCGUACAAACAAAAAUUUAAACAAUUUUCUUACAUGUCUUUUAUUCAUCUGUAUGCUGUUUUUACGUGGGUACUGAUGAUGCUCGUUUAUGCUUUUGCAUCACCAUUUAAACAAGCACCAUCAAUGCCGCCAUUGUCAAAUUAUACCAGCAGAUAUUGUCCGUAUGAUUAUACAAAAUUGGAAUCAAUUGCAACGACUCGUUCAUUUAUAUAUUUCUUCUUUUUUAUUCCGGCAUUGAUCGUCAUCGGUUUCGUUUUAAAAUAUUUCUAUUUACUACGCGGUACAAAUCAAAUUCCAGCAGGAGAAAAACUCUGGACUAUUCGUGUUACAUCCCUGCUUUGUAUACUCGUUUUGUAUGAUGUCUAUUUAUAUUAUCUGGAACAUAUCAAUGAAACGUAUCGAUCAUUCCUAUUGGCAUCUAUGCUACGAUCGACGUUUUAUUUGAUGCAAUUAGUUGUCAUCAUUUGGACAGAAUCAUAUUGGAUUGAAUUACUGUUAGAACGUUGUACUUGCUUAUUCUGCUGGCUCACUGGCAGUCGACGACGAAAAGCUACGACACCGGUAGCAAUUCCGACCGAAACGGAAUUUAGUACGAUGCCGUAUUCACCGUCAUCAGGUGGACAUUAUUCAUUGGUCGAUGAUAUGGUUGACGAUGAAUUCGAUCGAGCAAUUGCCGGACCGGAACCAACGUUACGUGUGGUGCCUUAA